CGAGACACACUUCUUGAUUGGCCGCAGAGGGAUCGCCGGUGUUCGCGUAGAUCAACUAUGUGAGUGGCAAGCGGUGAUGCCGUGGUACCGUGAAGGGGCUCAGCGCAAGCUCGCGAAAUACUAGCAGCGCGAGGCAGCAGCCGUGCCUUGUACCUACUCUGCACGUUGUCGCCGUUCUUUCCAGUAAUUUUAUUCAUUUCCCGGCCUCUGCCAGCGCCAUGUGGUUCUCAGCAACCGUACUGGUGGUUAAUUUCGUUGUUGGAGCUGUCGCGCACGGGCGAGGCGGGUGGGACUGGGUCCAUGGGCUGCCAAGCUGUUGGGAGGACUGUCUGGACAACAGUGGAUGCGACUCCAAGAGCUGCAUAUGCGAGUCUAGCCAGGAUGGCGAUUACCUGACCAGUGCAGUCGAAUGCGCGGUGCGGUCCUGCAACGCAGAUGGAUUGAAUGUCGCUCUAAGCUUCCUUGCACCUCUGCAGAUGUACUGCAAAGCCACUCGAAACGAGAUCCCCGACGAGAUCAUGAGCAGCGCGUACUCGUGCGCAACUGCCACGUCCACAUCGGCGACUCCAACCACAACGCGCAAGGACGAACACUCCACCCAAGCUCCCAAAACCUCGAAAGACGCGGGCAGUGGGCUGGAGAGCACCAUUACAAGCACUAUAACGGUGACAACGACCGAUGAGAGUGGGAGCACGUUGCAAGUACUCAUUCCGAUUGUCAUGGGCCCCAGCACCAUGACUACGGGCGAGAUGAUAACUUCGACGCUUGACAGCAAGCCGACCGCCAGUCCUGCUGCGACCUCGAAUGCUGAGGCCGCAGGGUCGACCGCCGCGGUGCCGGUGCCGGCGCCGUCGCAACCGCAGGAAUCGCCAGCUUCCUCUGCCACAGCAAAAGCAACCAGCAUCGGCAACGGGAGCCCCUUCGAUCUCUCUGUGCAGGGCGGAUCAGCGCCUUUGGGCUUUUCGGCAUCCUUCGUCGGGUUUGGUAUACUGUUUGGAGCUCUUGCCAGGAUAUAGAAACCUGCGAGACGCGCCUGUACAUGUGUAUAAUAUAAUAAUGGGUGUGCGGUGGGUAUUACUCUGCGGAAGAUACCACAGGAGUGUGAAGGCCUUGAACUGCCAACUGGACGUCCGGAACGUAAAGCGAUAAAUACACGAGAAUAAUGCCAUAUCUAUACUGUUC